ACUUCUUCGUUCUCUUUCUGUUGGGAUAUGUAAUUUGUAACAUCAGAGAGAGAGAGCGAGAGAGAGAGAAGAGGGAUAUCGGGUUGGUAUCAGCCCCCAUGUUUUCAUCUUCAAUAACUACAAGCAGCGCCGUCGUCUUGCUCACAAGGCGGCUGAACCACCACCAUCACCACCACCAGUUCUUCACAAACUUUGCUUCUCCUCGACUUCCUCUUUCUUUCUUGUCCAGCGAAUCCAAAAUUGUAGAUCCCACACGCAGAACAUUAUCUAUUAGGAAGUAUAAAUGUAAAGUAUCUAGCAGCCAAGUGGAGCUUGAAGACGGUAAAGACGACGAGGCUUGCGAGCUUGUCAAUGGGGUCGAGUUUUCGAUAGGGGAGGGAGACGACAGUAUCCGCGCUUAUCUUUUCAAGGCAGUGAAGAACAACAAUGGCACUGGCAUCUUGCUGCUGUCUGAUAUCUUUGGAUUCGAGGAUUCUUCCACCAGGGAUUUUGCAUACAGGGUUGCUUGCAAUGGUUACAAUGUUCUAGUUCCUGACUUGUUUCGCGGGGAUCCUUGGGCAAAGGGCAGGCCUAAGAAUGUUUUUGAGGAAUGGCUUUCGAGUCACAGCUUUGAAAGAGUUGCAAAAGACAUCACAGCAUCGACGAAAUGGAUGAUGGAUGAAUUUGUAGCUGCAGGAAUCUCCAAGAAGCUUGGUCUAAUCGGAUUCUGUUUUGGAGGCGGCCGAGUAAUCGAUGUGCUUGCUCAGGACGAGGGUGCCUCCUUUGGCAUCGGGAUUUCAUUCUACGGCACAAGGAUCGAUCCUUCGGUUGCAGCUAACAUUAAAGUACCUGUAUUGUUAAUUGCAGGUGACAAAGAUCCACUGUGUCCAGUGACUACCUUAGAAGAUAUCAAGGAGAGAAUUGGCGAAGGAUGCAGAGUGAUGAUUUUCAGGGGGAGGGGCCAUGGGUUUGCUCACCGGCCUGAAUCUGCUGAAGAAGAUGGAGAUGCAGAGCAGGCAUUCAUGGUUGUGAGAAAUUGGCUAUUUGAUGGUUUGGUUGUUGGGACCUGAUGCUUUGAUUGUUAGAAAACUCUCUCCAUGUGUUUAAUGACUCAGUAAGUCUUCCUUCAUCAAUGCUGCCUCUAAGGUGAAGUUCAA